AUGGGCAGCGGCUCGAAGGCUCUCAGUACCCAGCAGCACCAGCCGUCUGAGGAUACUUAUAUCCCCAUAAUCAAGGGCAUCGUCAAGGGCAUCCAUGGCCUCAAAUUUCCAAGCGGCGCCAUCAUCGCUCCUGAAGCUAGAAAGACCUUCAUGGUCUUGUUCUAUGAGCCUGAGCCGCUUGAGCCCCUUCAGCCGCUGAGUCUGAGUGACCAGCAGAAGAGCCUGCUUGCCGCAUCUCGCGCCACCGUCCUUUUGGAGACUGCCAUUGAGCUUAUCAGCAAGCCGCAUGGUUCUGUGCUCACCAUUUGGCGUGCUGGUGCCAAGGAGCUGCUUCAGAAGAAGUUUGGCACGGCCAAUAUCAACCCGGCUUUGGUGGCUACUGUGAUGAACGCUCUUGUUCGCGCGCGCCAGUCUUAUCUAAAGCAGCCCACACCUCCAGGACCCCUUGAGGCUAGCUUUGGCCCUUUCUUAAGGGCCAUGGAUCACUGGAUUGCCAUUCGAGAAGCUCGCCCAGGUACGCACCACGAUGCUAGUGGUGUUGGCGGCGGCAGACACGACAGCACACAAGCUGCCAUGCACUUCAACAAGCAGGGUGCCAAAGAGAAGAAGGGCGAGACUCCCAACCAAAAGAAGGACACGAACAAGGAGCCCACAGCAGAUCACUCAGUCCUUGACUCGGAUGAGCCCGCUCUUGCCGCCUCCAACGAGAGGAUCGACUCUCUCGAGGCCGACAACCAGCUUCUCCGCACCCACAACGGGUCGCAGUCCGACAGAAUCGACGAGUUGACGGAGAAUGGCAAGAAGAUGUGGUACGAGCUGCGGCGCCAGGUCAACCCGAUCCAGCGGGCCAAGGGCCAGCCUGAGUGGGAGGAGGGCGAUAUGGACAAGUAUCUGGAGAGCCUCGACCACUUUUCGUACGAGAUGGAGGAGGACGGUGAGCUUUGA